CAUGACAUUGUUUCAGAAACUGGCCAGGAAAUGCUUUUAAUGAAGCAAUUUUUCUUACUCAGACUGUUAAUGCAGCACCAAGACAAAUGGCCGUAUUCCAUAUAGAAGAAAUAGAGGACAUAUCCUGUAUUAUGGAUUAGCAACGAAGUGUUAUGACUCUUUUCAGCAAAUAAGUUUUUAACUCAUUAUACAGAGGAAUAUAACGUUUUACGCAACGGUGACAGUGUUGGGAAUUAAACAAUCGACUUCGUCAAGGCGCCAUAGGAUUGUGUAACAUGAUAGCAGAGCAGGAUCGUGGUUUGCUAGCCACCUAAUCCAGGACAACAGUGUUGACGAUGAACCACUUUCUGAAUUUGUUCACACUAUUUUCCUCCCUUCAUGGACCAGCUUCUCCCCCCGGUCACAGUGUGCCAGGAGUACGACACGUCAAUCCUGUGCCUAUGGCUCCAUCAUUUCCUCUUGGUAUACCUUUCAGUGAUAUUGAAAACAUUCUAGACAGAGGAAGAGGCAGUCUUUCGAUUCCACAUUCUAUCCAGAGCCAUUUCUUUGAACAACCACUUCCAUUUCAUCUGUUUUCAAAUCCACAGCCACCGCCGGUUACUCCUGUCCCUGUUACAGAAAUCAUUAACAUUUUGAACAGAAUGAGAGCAGGUAGUGAUCGUUCUAGACUUAAACCUGAAACGUCGAAUAUUCAUCCAGAACAUCGCAAUCCACAUCAAAAUAUUAACUCUCAUCAAAGUUCCCACUCGCCCAGCACUCACUCAGAACGUGCCACUUCUCAUCUUCAUCGUAGUGUUGAAUCUCCAAUUAUUCAUCGAGGACAAAGCAAUUUUCAUCAGGAUCUGAAAUCGUCUACUAUUCGAAAAGGGCAGGAACAUCUUCAGAAAGCUGGAAUUGUGCACAGUCAACACCAUUCUGGAAAUCCUCGACAGAUUUCUAAAGAGCACAGUUUAGAAAUAGAAUCUAUGGAUAACACAGAAAAGCAAGCACGGACUUUUUUCAAAAAUCAAAUUCAACCAACUGCUGACCAUGGAAGUAGAGCUUUAAUAGAACGUUUUAAGGAUCCUAUAGGAUUUCGUGCGUUAUUAGAAGACUUUGAGAUACAGCCUUUAAUUCCCGAAGUAAUUCAAAGUUUUCGUGGUAACUUUAUAAACAUUUCAAGAAAAAUUGAUACCAGUGAUGAUCUUAAAGCAGCCGAUACCGAUGAAAUUGAUGAUAUUACUUAUUUGAACAACGCUUCAGUGGAGUGUGAUAAGCCCUGUUCUAAUUAUGUCCAUUGCCCUUUUGGUUUUCUACAGGGGGUCUGUCCAAGGUGUGAGUGUGCCCCGGAUCCUUGUACAGACAACCCUUGCUCCUUAACUGAAAAAUGUGUCCGUGUACCCUCAGAAGAAUGUACCGAUAAAAACAUAACCAAGUGUCCACAAUUAAAUGUUUGUGAAGCUCUAGUGGAGUGUGAUAAACCCUGUUCUAAUUCUGUCCAUUGUCCAUUUGGUUUCCUACAAGGCACCUGUCCGAGAUGCGAUUGUGCACCGGAUCCUUGUGCAAACAAUCCUUGUAACUCAACAGAACAGUGUUUUAGUGUCCCCAAUGAAGAUUGUCCAGACAAAAACAGGUCCACGUGUCCCCAGUUUUAUGUCUGUAAAGACAUUGGUUGUGAUUGCCCAGUGGAUUGGGAACCGGUUUGUGGUACUGAUGCUGAUAUGUUUACAAGAACAUACAUUAACAACUGUACACUGAACUGUCACUCGGGAGUAAUAAAGGUAUAUGAUGGUGAAUGUUGGCCUUCAAGCAUUCCAAGAUUUUACUUCAACCCGAAUAAUGCUGACGAUGAUUAUAAGCAAAAUAAAACCCUAAUUGCUGAUAUAUCAGAUCCUGACAAUGUUAUUUUUGAAAUAGUGAAUGAGACAGACAUAAUAAGACCUGAAGCGUUAGAUACUUCAGAAGAAAUAGACGACGACAACGAGACGACAACUUUAGCAGAACUACCAACGAUGAAGGAUUCCGUAAUCACUUACACAACAGCAAUCCCAAUAGUUAGUUCAACUGAAGGUUAUACAACAAUGUCUGACGACUUAAAAAGUGACACGCAAACAAAUACAACUGAAAAACCUAAUAUAGACGAUCUAGAGACCACAACAAAACAUAAUGAUAUAGUGACCAAACCAAUCAUUCAGAAUUUUGAAACCGUCCUUAGUUUGCCAAGUAUACAUCAUUUGGGAUUAAAGCAUAGCAAACCACUUAAUACCUCGAAGGUUAAAGAAAUCAAUAAGUAUAAAGGGAAAGUUGAUUUUCAAGAGAAUAACAUUCCGAGAAUUCCAAUUCAAUUGCUACAACAUGCACUGUUUUCACGUUUUAUGCAAAAUCCAGAAAAAAUGACCUUAGGGAAACUAAUCAAAGAUGAGGAUCAACUGAUCUUGGAACCAAAUGAAUCUUUGAAAGCGAAGACAACUCUACAAUCUUAUUCUAAUUCCGCAAGAAAGCCACAAAAACCAAGAAAGAGUAGUUCACAUGUUAGAAAAAGUAAUGAACAGUAUUCAAACAAGGAAAAAAGCAAUCCAGUCAUUCCAAAUCCAUUUGAAAGACUUAAAAAGAAAUACAAGAUGCGACCACAUUCAAAACUAACAGGAAAACCAGAAAAAAUAACUGAAGGUAGUUCAUACAAAGAAAACAAGGCUAGUCCGAUGUCUAAAAAGACGAAGACUGUUUCAAGACCUGGUGAAAAAUUGAAAAAGACAGCAGUUGAUCCCGUGGAAGAUCUCAUGUUUGAAUCUGAUGAUGACUUCACAGGGCAAGAUCUGCCCAAGUUGUAUGAUAUCUUGAAUGAAUAUCGUUUUGGUAAAUGACAUUAUAAUGACUUUUUUAAAUGGAAGUUGUGAUGAAACCUAAUCUAUAAAGUUUUGAAUGUUUACAAAGGAUUUCGGACCUUUUUGUGAUUUUUUUUUUACAAGAAGAACGAAUGUCCUACAUACCUCUGUAUCCGAUAUAGUGAACUUUCAAAUAAGUAAAUACUUAUAGGAAUUAAGUCUUCGACAGCUGGAAGUGACUUUAUUAUCGGAUGGACAAGUAGUAAUCUAUUUGCUUUGAAGACACUUUUUCAACUGUUCUUUCCAGCAAAGAAAGGUUCAUCAAAUCGUCAUCUCAAGGAGCUAGUUACCAAAGCCUCAUGAAUUGUUACUCGCCAUUUUUAUUUUUAUUAUAUGUAUUCGUAAAAAUCAAGCAUAAUAUAACUUUACUGUUUUGUUUGUAUAUUCAUCACAUUUUCAUUCAUAUACAGAAGAUGUUAGACAUUUUACGGUUGUAUCGGAUUUUUGUUUUCCUGCAAAACAAAGAAAUUUAUAUAUCAUAGCAAUAAAUCUUUCUGAUUUUAACAUUCUAUAUCUCUUAAAUUGCAAAAAGGUGUUGUUUUUAUUUUUGCAUUUAUUCAUUUAAGAACAUUUAAUUUUUAUAAUUUUGUAAAACUGCUAUAGUUACUUACCUAAUGGCCUUGAAAGUAACACUUGCUCUAACUUUUUCAAUUAAUCAUUUUGCUUUUUGUAUGUCGUUUGUGGCAGGACCUUUUUUUAAAGACUAUCUUAUCGACCAUAUGACCUUCAUUUUUGACCAUACAAUUAUUAAUGACAUAGUGGCCUUGACUUCGAUAUUUGCGUACAUAAUAUCAGAUAUAAAUCCGCCUCUAUGAAUCCUAAUUAUAUGCCUUGAUAUUUAAAAAGUGCUUUAUUUUUAAAAGAUCUUCUGAAUAAUCUUUGUUUUAUAUUUUGGAUGUAAUUAUUCUUUAAUCCAUACUACCUGUAUUCCAGCAACCGUGCAAUUUUAUGCUUAAUUUUUUAAUUUUUUGUUUGAACAACUUUAGAGCUAAAGGACAAUUUAGAUUUCUGAUCUUGAAGUUUACUUCGGUUAAAGUUUUAGUCCAGUUUCGGUACAAAUUCCUCGGGCUACUACAAUACAGCAUUUAUCAAAUCUGAAAUAGCGCAGGUGACAUGUUUUAAUUUGGGCCACUAAGUUUUUAUUUAAACGCAGUGGGUUAUGAAAUCAUUAAAAAUAAUGACAUGAGUGUACUUAAGCGUACUAAGAAGUAUAUACACUGUAUUUUUUAUUUAUCCUUAAUAGGAACAUUUCAGUUGAUAUAUUUCUGUCUUGGUUACCAAGAUAACGAACGGUAAUCAUUCUCGAAAGUCCAAUUAAAAAAUACAUAUUAUAAGCGGAGCCAUAACAAACCUCUGAAAAUAUCAAAUUUUGGAUCAGUUGGCAUGGGUGAGCAUGUAUCCCCUGUCGACAGGUCACAAACGCCAUGUGCUCCUUUUCAAGAUCCAAGAUUUUCCUCUUACCCCCCCCCCCAAAAAAAAAUAAAGUAUAUUGACAUAUAUUGAUAUUGUACCUUUUUCAACCUUAACGAGGAAUCUGGGGAUUAAUUAUGUGAAUUGUUUGUAUGCAUAUAUCUGUUAGUGUAUCAACUUGGUAACGAUUAUAACAACAAAUUUAUCAUAAAAAUUCAAAAGAAUAAAGGAUGUUUUAUUAGAGAAAUAUUUUUAUAUAUUCUAGCAUCUAUUUGUCAUAUUCCUUACUCUUUUUCAAAUAUUUUGUUGAUGUUGACCAAUGUUGUGUCACUUUUUCGUUGUUUUAAUCUUUCCGUAAUUAAGUCAAAAUCCUUUAUAAUCAGUGUAGUAAGUAUAUAUGUAAUUUAUUUUUCAAUUGUUUGAGUGUUAUAUAAUGGAUUGUGAUAUCACCCUUAAUUUAUUGCUAAUAAGCAGUAUUGUAAUCUGAAUGCAUAACAUAAUUAAAGUGUUUCCAUAAUUAGCGUAUUUGUUUGUUACAAUACUGCUGUAAUUAUUAAUAUUGCUAACAUAUACUGUGCAAUGUCCUUCAUCUUCAUGCACAUUAAAGAUUUUUAUUGAAUAUUUAAAGAUUUACAAUAGAAUUCUUGUUCCCCUCUUUCGCAAAAGCGAGGGUAUAAUAAAUCUCAUUCGUCUGUCAGUCUGUGCGUCUAGCUGUCUGUCCGUCUGUCAGUCUGCCUGUCACAAAAACAUUAAAGUUCGAUCACCUUUUUAAAAAUUUUAACAUUACUUUUACCUUCGUCAUAACUUUUGAAUGAGAAAAGAUAAGGCUUUUAUAUUUCUAAUGUACAUUACUGAAAAGACCUUUCUAAACAUACUUUGAUUUUUUAUCCCUUGACCUUGACCCUGAAGUUUGACCCACUUUUCAAAAAUAUGAAUAUUGGUUAUGGCUUCUAAAUGAAAGAAGAUACAGCAUUCAUAUUUAAGAAGUACAUUACCUGUGACAAGAUGUUUUCAAAUAUGCUGAUAUUUGACUCUUUAACCUUGACCUUGAAGUGUGACCAAAUUUAAAAAAAGAAUUGCUGCUAUAUGUUGCAGGAGAAAAGAUGAGGUAUUCAUAUUUGACAUGUGCAUUACCUGUGACAAGGCAUUUUCAAAUGUACUAUGAUUUUUAAUCCCAUGACCUUGAAAUUUUGACCUAAUUUUAAAAAAAAUUAACAAUGUUGAUAACUUUUGAAUGAGAAAAUAUAAGGUAUUUAUAUUUGAAAUGUGCAUUACCUGUUUCAAGUACUUUCCGAAUGUACUCUGGUUUUUUACCUCUUGACCUUGACCUUUAAGCUUAACCUUAAAUCUUUUUUUUCUUUCUUUUUCUUUCUUUUUUUACAGUGGUAAUAGCUUUUGAAUGAGAGAAGAUAGGGUUUUCAUAUUUUACAUAUACAUUGUCUAUGACAAUACCUUACGGAAAGGUGAAUCAUUUUUAACUUGAUCUAGACAUUUGAAUGACACAAAAUUAAGACAGCUACAAUUUGCCAUAAAUAUUUGCAUCCCAACCACAUAGCUAUAGGCACAGAAAGUGGGGGACCACAAUUCUUUGGACUUUUCUUGUUAUGUUAUAAUAAAUGUGUUUUAUUACUGUCAACUGAUUUAUCGUACACAUUUGGUUUUGUCAUUGAAUUAUCUUCCUUGUUUCUUAGUAUUUUCAAAGUUUCAAUAAAAUUCAGAC